CUUUCUUCUCCCUUCCCCCCCCCCCUCUCUCACUGUCUCUCUCUGUUCUUCACUUCUCUCUUUCUCUCGUUCUUACACCUCCUGUAGAAUCCAAACUACAGUAAUGAAGUUUUCAAGACUGUCCUCUAAAUAUUCUUUAUGUUUACCGUAUAUCACUUUAUGUUAAAAUCUAAAAACUUGCAACUUGUUUGUCUGUCUGAUGAUAUUGUCAGAUUCUGUUGGAAGGGUGUACGAUGGAGGUCAUGAGGUGGCUCCAGGAAAACUGCUUCCAGUUGGCAGAGUCUCUCUGUCUCUAUUCCAGGUGGAACGGAAUAGAGACACAUGCAUCUCAUUACUUCGUCAUGUCCGGGCGACCCAUCGUCGACGUCGUAUGCCACAUACUGUCCAACCAUACAUCAGAUCAUAAAAAGACUUACUCGAUUCUAAUGGCAUAUUUGAACCUUACGCUGUUUGAAGCCCGGAAUGCUGAGAAACAAAUGCCACUCCUGCGACCUCUAGCAGACAAGGUUCUGGAGCUCUAUGGCAGUGGUCAUGUGACCCAAUCAUCUAGUCAUGUGACUUGUCACGUGAUCUCGCUGCUGCUGGACUCGUGGAUGGUCGGCUACUCAAGCGACAAAGCUAUCAGUUUGUUAGAGAAACAGUUGGAAUCACUUACUGGAGAAGAAAGCUGUCGAGGAAGGAUGUGUCACUCCAUGCUGUGUCUCAACUCGGGGAGAGUGCAGGAGGCUAGACAAGGCCUCUGUAAAACCCCAAAGGCAAGACUGAUUACUGCGCAACUUCAUGACCUAAAUUAGUACCUCGUUUUAAUCAUAACUCCUGUAGUUUCGAUACCGUUGUGGUUUAAGAGUGGUGAUGUUUUGUAUACUACUAUUGAGGCCAAAGAGUGGCAAUACACGACCACUUUUGAACCACUGUGGUAUUUGCACAAGUGACCAUGACCAAAUUUGUAUAUACCCACUCUUACACCACAUUGAUACCACGUUAGUACCAUUCCCGGACCACAGUGGUCUAACACACGUACCGUUCCCGGACCACAGUGGUCUAACACGCGUACCGUUCCCGGACCACAGUGGUCUAACACACGUACCGUUCCGUACAGGAAGACCUGGAGAGAUGGAUGAUUGGAAACGUUAGAUUUUUGCUGGACUCGCCAACUUUAACCCUCUCACCACUGGGAAAACUUGUGCUUGAGUUGCAAGAAAGCAGUCUUCUCGAUCUCUUUCUCCACCUUCUCAAGAGGCACAAAAUGACCUUUGAUGACCUUUGCACUCUACUAAAGACGAAAGAUUCCACUGACUUGGCCCAAGAACACGCCCUUAAACGCUUCGUGGAAAUGAUCGUUCUCGACAGGUCAAAGGUCAUCUCCAAGACUACCACCAUGCAGGCUGUGCUUAUUUUGGUGGAGAUGUUGUUUGCUCGUUUGUCAACAACGGAAACGACAGUGUCGUCGAGAAAGCAGACACCAUUUGUGAUGCGUGGAACUAGACACCGGUGGCUGGAUAAUGUGGUGCCGUUUGGGAGUGGGGGAGGGGGUGGGGUGUGGGAGGAGGGGGAGGAGGGAAAUGGUGUCACCGUGGAAACAACGGGAAGGAGAAAACACGACUAUCGUCUUAACGAUCUCUUACAGUUGCAGACCGUGUUGUGUAGCAGUCACAUGACUGAAACCGUGGCAACGAGAGUGAACGAGCUGCUGACCCCAUUGAACCCCGUGAAAGAAGACGGAGAAGGAGAGGGAGGGGCUUUUGUCUACCAAAUAUCACUUCAGAUGCUCUCUUGGCCGUGCGUAGGGAGAAAGAAAGAAGCCUGCCAGCUCUGUCUCCGCCACAAUCCAGGAGCCGUCAUCGACUACUGUACGACUAUGUUCCCCGGCGACCUUGACCUGUGGGUGUGGCUACUGGAGCAGUUGCUAGGCAAUGCCAAUUACGAGGGAGACCCCACCCACCCCCAAGACCUCUAUAAAUCUCUUUAUAAAGAAGCGCUUGGUCAUGUGAUAACCCUGACGACGCCUCGUGAGUUUGUUUUUCUCCUCCCUCCGACUGGAUCUGCCGGUUUCUUCCUCCCUUUCAUCGAGCGCAGCAUCAAGCUCCACUUCAGCCGAGCAACAUCAGACUGCCUCCAUGACUCCAUACUGCAGUCUAACAACAAUACUACCCAAUAGCUUGCAUCGUGUGUGUGUGUGUUAAUAUUUUCUGUUGUAUGCUCUGUAUUUUUUAAGUGUUUUUUUUAUGCGUCAACA